CUGGUAGGGCCAAUUACCCAGGGAACACCCCCCUGCCACCCAAAUUAUAACCCCUCGCUCGCCCGAAGGAAUUCAUUUGCCCUUUUGAUUGCGAGAACCACCAUCACUACCCACGACUCCACAUCCGCUCGUUAUCCCCAUCGCCAGCGCGACCCUUCUUUCUCCAUAUUACUCGGUCCUGUACGUCCUGCACCUUGACAAAAGCCUCCUGCCUCUGUCGCAAUCCCUAGAGUCAUCCAGGAAUCCCCCGCACUCCUUGCCAUCUUGCACUUCCCAGACACAUCCCAUACACAGCACAGUAGCUUCGCAAUCAACAUGGCAGAUAUCAAUGUUGACGUCCUCGUCAUUGGAGCUGGACCUACUGGUCUGGGUGCCGCAAAGCGCCUGAACCAAAUCGAUGGUCCCUCGUGGAUGAUUAUUGAUUCCAACGAGACGCCUGGUGGUCUUGCCUCUACCGAUGUCACUCCAGAAGGCUUCCUCUACGAUGUCGGUGGCCACGUUAUCUUUUCCCACUACAAGUACUUCGACGACUGCAUUGACGAAGCCCUGCCCAACGAGGACGACUGGUAUACCCACCAACGUAUCUCAUAUGUCCGACUAAAGGGCGUCUGGGCCCCCUACCCUCUGCAGAACAACGUCUCUAUGCUUCCAAAGGAAGAGCAGGUCAAAUGCAUUGAUGGCUUGAUAGACGCCGCUCUCGCGGCCCGCACAGCCACUGAUAAGCCAAAAGACUUUGACGAGUGGAUUGUCCGCAGUAUGGGUGUUGGACUCGCUGAUGUGUUCAUGCGACCAUACAACUACAAAGUCUGGGCUGUUCCGACUACAAAGAUGCAAUGUGCUUGGCUCGGAGAGCGUGUCGCAGCACCUGAUGUCAAGACUGUGGUCAAGAACGUCCUUCUCAACAAGGUCGCAGGAAACUGGGGUCCUAACGCUACCUUCCGCUUCCCCGCUCGUGAUGGCACUGGUGGGAUCUGGAUCGCCGUUGCCAAGACCUUACCCAAGGAGAAGACGCUCUUCGGAAAGGAGGGUGCUGUCACAAAGGUCGAUGCCGAUGCCCACACUGUCACCUUGAAGAGUGGCAAGAAGAUCGGCUACAAGAAGUUGAUCACCACAAUGGCUGUGGACCAACUUGCCGAACAGAUGGGAGACCAGGAGCUUGUAUCUUUGACCAAGGGCCUGUUCUACUCGAGCACCCACGUCAUCGGUGUCGGAAUCCGAGGAGCGCGCCCGGAGAACAUUGGAGACAAGUGCUGGCUCUACUUCCCAGAGAACGACUGCCCAUUCUACAGAGCAACGAUCUUUUCUAACUACUCCCCAUACAACCAACCUGACAAAUCCGUCAAACUCCCAACCAAAUACCUGGCCAAUGGCAGCAAGCCUGCAUCCAGCGAGCCUCAAGAAGGUCCAUACUGGUCCAUCAUGUUGGAGGUCUCUGAAUCGUCCAUGAAGCCUGUCGACCAAGCGAACAUUCUCAGGGACUCCAUCCAAGGUCUGAUCAACACCGAAAUGAUCAAGCCCACCGAUGAAAUUGUCUCCACAUACCACCGCCGUUUCGACCAUGGUUACCCAACCCCGUCCCUUGAGCGUGAGGGCGUCCUCACCCAGCUCCUCCCCAAGCUCCAAGCCAAGGACAUCUACUCGCGAGGACGUUUCGGCAGCUGGAGAUACGAAGUAGGCAACCAAGACCAUUCCUUCAUGCUUGGUGUUGAAGCUGCGGACAACAUUGUGAACGGCGCUGUUGAGCUCACUCUCAACUACCCUGAUUUCGUCAAUGGACGCAAGAACACGGAGAGGAGACUUGUCGAGGGUAGCCAGAUCUUCAAGAAGGCUGCUGGAACUACGGAGCUCCCAACCCGCGACCGAGCACCUUCCAAGAGCCAGCCAACCACUCACGCAAGAAAAACCUCAAAGAGCACCAACUAA